AUGAGCUUGCAUAAUUCAUGGACCAGCAAUGGUAUUAACCCUGUUCAACCCAACCCAAUUUCAGAGCAUUCUUUGAAUCACAAUGUUUCUUUGAUCAAGCCACACAAUACCAUAUUGCUGCAGCAUCCAACAAACAUUCAGAGUCUCACCCAUGACGUACCUAAUCAAUCAGUCACAUCAACUUCAAACUCCAAGAAUUCAUGUGCCUUGAGAGAUGAUGCGCAGCUGCCACACAACACCAACUCACAUGCCUUGAAAGACAAAGUUGAUCUCUCAACUUGCUCCCUGUCUGUCUUUCCCGGCCAAAGUUUCCUCUUUGUUUCAACCUUCUCAACCUACUAUAAAGAACCACCAUGCCAUUCAAAAGCGACUCUUGUGGCUGAAUGUUGGGAUCACCCUAGCUGGGCUCAACCUCCUCAUCAACCUCUCAAAUGCAACAGCAAAUCAACAAGCAUUCCCCAGGUGCUUGCUAUGCCAUUGUUUGAUGUGUUGCCAUCCUUUGCCUUCCCGUAUCAAGAUCCUGUUGAAAAAAUGGAGUCAGUUGAUGUGCUUGUUCCCAACUCCUACCCAGUACCACCACCACCACCUUACAAAGAAUCAGCUGCACCACUCUCUGAUCUAGCCAGUGAAAUGGUUUGGGAACGUUGCUACACACCUGGUCCAUAUCAAUCUCAUUGUACCUCACCUCUCAACAAGCUGUUUUCAAACCCUGUAAAUGAUUCAACCUUUUUGGGGGGACUCCCUUCAGACCAUCAUGUGCAAGGAUACAAAAACUACUACUCCUCAGUCAAUUCUACCUCCCCAUGGGCAGCAAUUCAUGGGCAUCAUCAAGUCAGCCCAGUCAACAUGAUGGGGGUUAACAAAGAUGCAAUGAAGGCUAAUCACUUCCAACCAAAUAGUCAACAGGAUAUCAAACCUUUGAGGACAGAGGUCAAACCUGCCUUUAGACGUUGGACUCAACAAGUGCUUGAACAAACUUUACUGUCACCUCAAGUCCUUGUCCUGGCUUUAUACUAUGUUGAUGUACUUUCAGGACAGGAUGUUUUUGGAGAUUCCAAUCAAGGCAAAUCAUCAUUGAUGCCUUACAAGACACUUCUGGCUGCUUUGGUCUUGGCUAACAAGACACUGGAUGACCACAGCUAUAAGAACUCCACCUUUGCAACCAUUUCAAGCAUGACCAACGCAGAAGUCAAUACUAUUGAGGCAGCAAUGUUGAAAGCCUUGAAGUUUGAUACACUCCCAGGAGCCAAAGAAUGGAGGAAUUGGUUAGGUGUGGUAGUGAUGACAGGCAAACGUGCGAGAAUGAAUUCAGGGAUGAUUCGAAAGAAAGAAGAAGAAGUUUUGAUUGAGAAGCUUAAACUACAGCAUGAUAUGUUGAUGUAUGAAUCAAUCUUUGGUUAA